AGGUAGUGCUGCAAGGUCUCAGGACUCGCCUGCAGGGGUUCAGCGCAGGCGCAGUCCAGGCUCCAGCGCGUUUGGAUGGCGUGGGGAGGGCCGAGACCUGGGGAGGAGAUACUGAAGAAUUAGUCCUCAGCAGAGCCUUGGGCGGGUGCUCAAGGCUCUGAGAAACCGGCUCGCCAGGCUUUCCCUAUGUGGACGCCAGCAAGCCUCCCCACCUGGGAACUCAGUGCCUGGGUCUUUCAAGAUGGUGGAGGGGAAGUCGGAGGCCGGCAGGGAUGCUACCUCCUACUUCCGUGUAGCCAGACCCUUGCCCUCGCUGGUCACAGCCCUAUUGCUGGGAUACUUCUCGUGUGUUGUCCUCUGGCCUCAGAGUGUCCCUUAUCAGAGCCUUGGACCUCUGGGCUACUUUACUCAGUAUUUGGUGAACCACCAUCACACCCUCCUGCAUAAUGGGUAUUGGCUUGCCUGGCUGAUUCACGUGGGAGAGUCCUUAUAUGCCAUGGUAUUGUGCAAAUAUAAAGGAAUCACAGACAGUCGGGCUCAACUACUCUUGUUCUUGCAGACUUUCCUCUUUGGGAUAGCAUCUCUCUCCAUCUUGAUUGUUUACAGGCCAAAGCGCCAAAAACACAGUUAAAGGAGAAAGCCAAAACUUUCUCUCUGCUUUCACAUUCAGACUCUCUUUCGCUAUGUUUACUUGAUGAUCUUUCUACAUUCUAAAAGUGUCUGUCCUACAAAGGUAUUUAAGACCCUCUCAAUGUUCAUUUUUCUUCCAUAUGCUUGGGUUGAGCUUGAGUAGACUAGUUGUUAUCUAAGAAAGAAAUAAGAAAAAACUCUGGUUUUCUAAGUUCUGCAGAAAACUUGAAUGGCAGCAGACUUGCAGCCUCCCCCUCUGAGGCCCUUGGCUGUGCUGGUCCCUCUCUGUCUUCAGGGCUGAAAGGAGUACUAGAUUUGCUUGCUGGUGGGCCUGUGCUCCCUGUUUCUGAGUAAAGCAUCUCUUCUAAAUUUGUUCUCAUCUUUCUGAACCAAAAUGAAAUGACACUUCCAUAAUACAUUUGUUAGACACCUGUGAGGCAUGAUCUUAUCUCCUCAACUAAGCAAUUGUGUAAAGGCCCAAAGGACCUGCCGAGAACCCAGAGCAGAGUACCAGGGCAGGGUCUCCCUGAUGCUGCCAGCCAGCAGUGAUCGUUCCCUGCACAUGGCCCCAGGGACACAGUGCUCUGUGGUAGGCAGAGUGUGAUGGCCACUGCUAGAUUGCCCCUUCAAUUCAGGGCCACAACUCAGGCAGCUGUCUUUUUCCCCAGGGCACCUGUUCCCACCUGUGCAUCAGGUGGUUCUCCUCCAGUGUUAUUGACAAAGGAGGGAAGCACUUCGCUUCCACUUGUUCUGUAUCAUUCAUUCCAUGUGCCCUCAUCUCCUAGAACAGCACAGGACACCUUCAGUAGUGGUGCCACCUUUCUGUGGGUCCUCUGGGGAAACGUGGAUUUUCCCUCACUCUCCUGCUGUCUGUCGCUUUCUUCAUCCAGCCCUAGCUUACUCAGUCACACCCACAUUCCUCUCUAGAGAUGCUAACCUCUGGGUUUUCCAGCUGGUUACUACCUCACUGAUUAACCUGAACGUCCUAUAUUUCUACUGGCCUUUGGGGAGAGAGGUCCCCUAUCUCUGUUUCUUUACCUUGGUAGAAUGGCGCCAUCACACUUAGGAGACAUUAGGGCUCCUUCUGAGGAGAGCAUCUGCUUGUUCUCUGGAAGCUAUUUCUCAUUUCCCUUUGUGAUUCCUUGGGCAGGUUGUUGUAUUAGCAAACAUUUAUAAGAAACAACUCUCCCCAAAAAGAAAGCCCCCGAGGGAUAAUGAGCUAUGAAUUGUUUUUAGUGGACAUAAAUUUUUUGCACAUAUAUCUCAGUCUUUCCUGAUCUUCCUCUUGGAGUAGGGGUUACUUUUGAGUAAAGAAAAAAAUUUGACCAGGAAUUAAGCAUCAUGGAGAUCCAACCCAGAUUUUUUUUAAAGCAUAGCUGUCUCCAGAUGACCCUAAAAAUGACAAUAAUUGUGCCCAGAACAAUGUGGCAGAUGAUUAAAUGAAAUAGACUAACUCAAAUAAAAUGCUGUGACUUUC